AUGGCGGCGCCGUGCGGCGGCGGCUGCGACGGGCGCGAGGACGGCGCGGUGGAGGCGCUGCUGCAGUGGCAGAAGGUGAGCGACUUCCUCAUCGGCGCGUCCUACAUGUCCAUCCCGCUCCUGCUGCUGCACUUCGCGACGUGCGCCGACCUGGCGCCGCUCCGGUGGGUGCUCCUCCAGUUCGGCGCCUUCAUCGUCCUCUGCGGCCUCGUCCACCUGGCCGCCGUCUUCACCUACGCCCGCCCGGACUCGCGCCGCCUCCUCCUUGCCUUCACCGCCGCCAAGGCGCUCGCCGCCCUCGCCGCCUCCGCCGCCGCCGUCUCCCUGCCCACCUUCAUCCCGCAGCUGCUCCGCCUCAAGACCCGCGAAGCGCUGCUGCGGGACAAGGCGCGCCAGCUCGACCGCGACGUCUCCCUCGUCAGGCGCCGCCAGGAGACCGCCGCGCGCGUCGUCCACGCCAUCACGCAGCACGUCCGCGGCGGCGGCGGCUCCCUCCCGCACGACGACGCGCUCGCCGUCCUGCGCGCCGCCGUGCUCGAACUCUCCGACGCACUGGCCCUCCGCAGCUGCGCCGUCUGGAUGCCCGCCGCGGCCAGCGACGGCUCCGGCGUGCUCCACCUGGUCCAUCAGCUUCCUGAAGAAGACCACCGUGGCACGACGUCGACGAGUAGGCAGGCCAUUUGCGUCAGUGACCCCGACGUGGCCGCCGUCACGGCCAGCAAGAACGCCAAGGUGCUGAGGCCGGGUUCGGCGCUCGGGACGACGUCGGGCCAUGGAGCUGCGGCCGCCAUACGGAUGCCGAUGCUGAGGGCGUCCAACUUCGAAGGAGGAACUGCCGUGAGCUACGCGAUCAUUGUCUUGGUUCUUCCGGCUCCACCUCCUACUCCUAAGAAUCACAGGAAUAGAAGGCCUAGAGGAGGAGGAGGUGGAGGGGGGCGAGAUUGGAGCAGGCAGGAGCUGGAGAUCGUGGAGGUGGUGGCGGACCACUUGGCCGUGGCCCUGUCGCAUGCGGCGGUGCUGGAGGAGUGGCAGCUGACGCGGUACAAGCUGGCCCAGCGGCAGAGGGCCCUGGCGCAGGCCCGGCACGACGCCGAGGUGGCCGCCAGGGCCAGGGACGCCGCGCAGGUCGCCAUGCGCGACGGCGUGCUGAGGCCGAUGCACUCCGUCGUGGGGCUGCUCUCCCUGAUGCAGGCGCAGCAGCAGGACGAAGCCCUGCCCUGCGCUGAGCGGAGGCUCGCCGUGGGCGCCAUGGCCAGGAUCGGCGCCCUCUCCUCCACGCUGAUCGACGACGUCAUGGCGGCGGUGCUGACGCCGACGACGCCCCGCGGUGGCGAGCCGGCGUCGGCCGCCGGCCUUACCCUGGCGAGGAGGCCGUUCGACCUCCGCGCGCUGGUGCGGGACGCGGCCGCCGUGUCCGGGUGCCUCGCCCACUGCAGGGGGCUCGGCUUCUCGCACCGGGCGGAGAUGAGCUCCCUGCCUGGCGAGUGCUGGGUGGUCGGCGACGAGAGGAGGGUGUUCCACCUCCUGCUGCACAUGCUUGGCGUCCUGCUGGACCGGUGCGAGUGCCACUGCCAUGGCCUCUGCUUUUGUGUGGAGACUGUGACGGCGGGCGAACAAGAUCCGGCCAUGUCUGAUCACCGGGACUGGAUCAUCCCAAACUUCUCCGGCUGCAACAUGGUGUGCGUCAGGUUCCGGUUUGGGAUCGCAAGAAUCUUGAGAGAUAGCUUGCUGCGUUCGUCCAGCCCACGACCCCAUGAUAUGAUCAGAAGAAAGGGAACCGGUACCAGCUCCGUCUGCUCCGAGACGCGGCUAAGCACCGCUACGUGCAACAAGAUCGUGCAUAUGAUGAAUGGCAAGAUGUGGCGGGAAUCCCCAUCAGAUUUCGGAGCUCAGCAGGGAGGAGAAUCCAUGAGCCUCGUCCUGCACUUCCAGCUUGGGUACGGAGUGGCGUCGCCCUCUACCGCCACCUCCCCAUCAGGCGGCGGCUUGUACCGCACCGGUGGCGGAUUCGGGAUCCCCUCGCCGUCGUCGUCCACAAUGCCUCCUCAAUACCACUUCGACGGGCUGAGGGUCCUGCUCGCGGACGGCGACGACACCAGCCGGGAGGUGACGCGGAAGCUCCUGGAGCGGCUCGGCUGCCAGGUGCUGCCGGUGCCAUCGGCGGCGCACUGCCUCAGCCUUCUCCUGGGGAGCGACGCCGCCGCCGGCGGCGGCACUGACCAGCCGCCGUUCGAGUUCCCGUACCUGCAGCUCCAGGUGGUGCUGCUUGACCUCCACACGCCUGCCGCUGCCGGCGCUGGCGCCGCCGGCGCGACGGAGGAUGGGUUCGAGGUGGCCUGCCGGAUCCGGGAGCUCACCAGCGACAGCUUCAACUGGCUGCUCAUCCUCGUCGCGCUGCCACUGCCGCCGAGGGCGAGCAGCAUCGACGUCCGCGACGCGUGCCAACGGACGGGGGUAAACGGCGUCAUCCCCAAGCCCAUCACGCUGCCGGCGCUGGGAGCUCAGCUCUACAGGGUCCUCCACAAUCCACAAUGA